GACUCACCAUUUACGCCUCCAAAACCGGCGGGACGAAACGGUGAGCAACAGUGGGACGAGACGCCUAAAUGCCGAAUACGUCAAAAUACGUUAUGCCGCCGAGGUAUAAUGUCGUCGACGCUACCGCCGCCGUGUCGUCCGGUACAAACGAAGCGCUCUCGUCGGCGUCGGUUGGCAAUUCGCCGUUAUCCGUUUCGUUUGAAUAAUAUAUUACAUUGUCCUACCACAAGACGUAGCUAUCCGAAUUCAACUUCCAAGUCAUUUUCUCGUACCGCGUUUUUCACCGUCGCCGCCGACUGGAAACUCGUUCGCGUUAUCCGCUGGUGACAUUUUGACGAUGAUCUCUGACUCGGAAAUUCUUCCCGUCGCUGAGAAAACAAUGAAUACUGUAGAUACAUCUGAUGCAUUGGAUUUGACUAAAGAAAAUAUUAGACCACUAAGACAAGGUAGAAAACCUAUUCAGUUAGAAACAGCUUUACAAGCACAAUCUAAUACGGAAAUUCAACAAAAAUUAAAUAAAGAGAAAGAAAAAUAUGAUCAUGCCAUUCGUACAUAUGAAGGUGAUGAUCCUUUAGCUCCACAUUUUGAGUAUAUAAAGUGGCUGGAACAAAUAUAUUUAAAACAUGGACCAGAGAGUAAUUUGUGGCCUCUUAUUGAAGAAACUGUACAGAAAUUCAAAAAUGAUGAAAAGUACAAACAGGAUCCAAGAUUUAUUACAAUUCUAAUUAAUUUUAUUGAAAACCAAUCAAAUGCUAUUGAGCUAUAUCAAACGGUUUACAACCAAGGUAUAGGUACAAUGUGUGCUUUGUUUUAUCGUGCGUGGGCAGAGUUAUUGGAUAGAUACAAUGAUUUUAAACGCGUGGAUCAAAUAUUUUUGCUGGGAAUUAAAGCUAAGGCUGAACCAGUUGAUGAACUUGAACAAGCUCAUCUCCAAUUUCAAUUAAGCGUUGCUAGGCGAAUGAUUAAUGGACAGUUAACAAAUGAUGACGAUAAGUACCAAGAACCUGAAAAAAGACACGCAUUUAAUGUAUUAAAAAAGUCGGAAACGCAUAGUGGUGUUAGGCAUGGUUUUGGUGGAGUUAUUGGAAAAGUACCACAAAUAAAUAAUGUUAAUGGAAAAAACACUGUUCUUAAGAUUUUUGAGGAUAAUGAUGAAAACGGAUUGCAUGGAAUUGCAACUAGCAAUUAUGAUCUUGCUCAAAAAGGAGUAAAUAAAGAAAAUACAGUUAACCCUGGACCAUGGACCAAGCCUAGGAAGACUCGCUCGAAAGCUCCUAAACCUGUAUCAACUGUUGACUUUGAAGUUCACCAGGAUAAUAAUUCGGAAUGUGUAACGAAAUUAUCUGGUAUUACAGUUCCAAAUGCUUUACGUAGUAUAAAAGGAAAUACUAAUAUUUCCUGUCAAGUUGCUGUAUUUGAAGAACCAGAUCCUACUAAAAAGCCAAUGUAUUGUAAAGAUAAGGUGUAUGCGGCUGGUAGAGAUGUGCAACUUGAAGAAAUCAGGUACGAGAUCUACUUAAAACAAGAAAAAGAAAAACAAUCAUUAAAAGGAAAACAACCGUCACAUGGUUCAGUAAAAUCCCAACUAAAAGAAAAAAUUGUGAAACCUUUGAAAAAAGUUAUUUUGCCAGAAGAAAAUGAUGAAUUUAAGGUUCCACUUCCGCUGCGUAACAACGAGCCUGAUAAUUUGAGUCAGUCUGUCACUGUUAACACAAGAGUUGCAAUUGAUUUAGUUCAACAAAUGUGGAAUAGUCCAUGUGCAGAUAAAGAUGAAGAGCCAGAAAUAAUUUCAAGAAAUCGAAAACCAAUUUCGUUUGAUGCGUUUGAAGAAGUAGAUAAUAAUAUCAAGCCUUUUUCUUCAGAUUUUAUGGUUUAUGAAGAUAACAAAAAACCAGCUGAUGACAAAGUCUUUAAAAUACAACAAAAAGAAAUGGCUAGAAUUCCAGGGAAUUUCUAUGUUUAUACAGAUGAUGACGAUCAAGCAAAAUCUCAUAAAGAACCUACUGUAUUUGUUGAACACAAUGAUGAAAAUCAAGUAGAAAAUAAUAAAUUUGAAGUGUACAUUGAUGAAAAUGACGAAAAUAAUGUAAAAGGUUUUAAAAUGCCAGACGUAUAUGUUGAUAAUGAUGAAAAUAAUGUAAAAGGUUUUAAAAUACCAGAUGUAUAUGUUGAUAAUGAUGAAAAUAAUGGAAAAGAUUUUAAAAUACCAGACGUAUAUGUCGAUAAUGAUGAAAAUAAUAAAAAAGAUUUUAAAAUACCAGACGUAUAUGUUGAUAAUGAUGAAAAUGUGUUCAGCAAAAAAAGUUCAAAAAUAGAAUUGAAAAAUAAUAAAAACUUUAAACAGCCUAUUGAAGUUCAAAAUUAUAAAGUCUAUGGGGAUGACAGUUAUGAUACCAAAAAUACUGAAAAACAUGUUAACAAAACUAAUGACAAUUCUAUGAAUCCAAGUAAUGAAGGCAAAUCUCCGCUCAAAAAAAUUCAAAGUAUUGAAGUAAAUGAUGAUGACAUAACUUGCUCAACAAAAGCAUUUGCUUUUCUAUUGUCUAGUUCAACACCAUUGGCCCCAGGAAGAACCAAAGCUAAUACUGUCAUUGACAAUCAACAACAAUCACAAAUGCGAAUUGAACCUAAUAAAAACAAUGAAACUGAAGAGUUUCAAUUGGGAAAAAAUUUGAGUAUGAUUUUGGAAGCUUCUAAAGAACGUAAUAGUAGCACUUCAUCUGGGAUUAUUUCUUCUUCGGUUACUAAAUUAGAACAACAAUCUUCAAUUGAUUUUGGUGACUCCAUUAAUCCUUUUGAUGAUGAAUUAAUAACCAAAUUAUUACAGAGAGUAAUUAAAUUUCCUAAUGAACAUCAUAAGUCUGGUUAUAUAGAACAGGAAUCAGACUUGCCGAUUAUGCGAUCAGAAUUCAAAUUGGGUCAUAAUAAAAUGACGCUCCUCAGUGAAAUUGGUAAAGGAUCAUAUGCACGUGUGGUGAAAGUUAGACCAGAUGGUGAAAAUGCUAUAGAAAAAGCGCUUAAAGUUCAAAAACCUGCAUGUGCUUGGGAAUGGUAUAUAAGUAAAGAAGUUCAGCAUCGCCUUAAAGAUUCAGAGAAAUUAUCUUAUUUCAUAAACAUGGAUCAGAUGUAUGUUUUUAAAAAUGGAUCAAUAAUUUCUAUGGAAUUUGCUACUCAUGGGACAUUAUUAUCCGUGAUUGUAGCUUACAAAACGGCAAUGAACCGUUCCAUUCCUAUAACUGUUGGUGCACUGCUCGUUUUACAAGUGACAUCAGCACUCAAAUACCUUCACCAAUGUCAAAUCAUUCACGGAGAUUUAAAACCAGAUAAUGUCAUUGUGAAAUCAUUACCUACUCAAUGUGAUCAGCCUUGUGUGCAGUUAAUCGAUUUUGGUCGUAGUAUUGAUAUGACUUUAUUCCCUCCUGAUACUACCUUCACACACACUGUGAAAACUGCUGAUUUUAUUUGUCACGAAAUGAGAGAAAAAUUGCCUUGGACAUAUCAGACCGAUUAUUUUGGAUUGGCUGGAAUUAUUUACAUGGUUCUCAUGUCGGACUACAUGAAAACACAAAAAAUACGUAAAUUAUGGGUGCCAUUGAAACCAUUCCCAAGAUACAUAGACAAGGAACUGUGGGGUACUAUGCUGAACAUGUUGUUGAAUAUUGAAUCAUGCAAGAAGCUACCCAGCUUGGACGAAAUUAUAAGGAAAUUGAACAAAUAUUUAUCGAUUCAACAAAAAGUGGUAUUGAAACAUAAUUUUACUAGUUUAAAAAAUGCAUUAAAAAAAAAUUAAUGUUUUCAUGUUUUACAUUUAUUAUGAAUUUAUUUAUAUGUAUUUUGUUUAUACUGUACUUUUUUUUAAAAAAAUCUUUUAAUUUGUACUAAUUUUUGUGUAGUAUGAUAUUCAUAUUCUUUUGAAUAUUCUUUUCAUUAUACUUUAAUUUUUUAUCAUUUA